AUGAGCACCACUACACUACGGAGAGACUUGAACCCUAUCUCAGCUUCGGUUCUUAGUGUGGUUUCGUGGUUUUGCGCCACCAGUGUUGAUCUAUCAUCCGCACAGCUGUACAGUACAAGGUCAAGUGUGGAUCCCCUACUCGGCGCUAAACUACCGACUGAUGAAGAGAGCAUGUUUCGAUUACCGAAUCAGUCUAGCCUUUGCGAACGUUUUAUAAAUACAUACCACCUUCAAAGCCCAUCUACCAACGCCGACUACUUAAAGUUGCCAUUUUUGGAAAUUCAUCCGUUCUCCGCUUGGAACGACGCACAUCAAACCAAAUCACCCAGACCUCUUCCCGGUGAUCCGACCUCUAGCAUUAAGUCUGCGAGUACGGAUCGACUACACGGCACCCUUGGAUUCGGAAACUAUUUCGAAUCCCCGUCAAAGGACAGGGGAACACGGUUUUAUACUUUCACAAGUCCUGCAUAUCCACACAAUUAUCCUCCGGAUAUCGAUUGCAUCAAAAUAAUCCGAGAUGCUGAGGGCAUUCGAUCCCAGACAUCGACAUCUACUAGGUCACCAGUAUACGUAUUCGAUUUUGGUUCGUUUGGUUUGUAG